AUGGCCAGCGGUACCCUGGUGAAAGGAACGUGCGGCUGUGGGAGCGUACAGUUUCAAGUUAACCUGCAUGAAGGCAGUCCGGCGCAGAUCCUCACCUGCAACUGUCAGUCCUGCCGGCGCGUUUCUGGUGCCAUGCAAAUGCACUGGGCCGCCUUCCCACGAGCCGACGUGGAGUUUCUGCGCCGCGACACUUUGAAGGAGUUCGCUCCCACCAAAGUCGCCAAGCGCCGCUUCUGCGGCGGCUGCGGGGCGCAAGUCGCAAUGGACUACGAUGAGGAGCACACCAUUUGGAUCAGCAUGGGGCUCUGCGACGAGCAGCACUUCGCCGACUUCCUGAAGUGCCGGAAGAUGGAGCUGAAACAUACUUCAGGCCACAUCUUCUGGGAGAAUCGGAGCUCCAUGCUGGAGGUACUUCAGGGAGAGCACGUACCGACCUCCGAGGGCUUCGGCUUCUACGUGCACAACUGCGCCGCCCCGCCGACUGAAGGCUACCAGGGCCCCUACCUCCCGUGA